GGCCCCUGAUCCAACCCUGGUUUAAUCUACAGAAAUGCAUCAUAUUCUAUAAGAGCAUUAUAUGUUUGUAGUGUUUCUGUCCUUUGAGAACCAUAUAUCUCUAAAAAAGUCAACUUUUCAUGAGCUCAGAAAAACAGCCUUGUAUUUUUAGCUUUGUGACAUUGCAUUUUCCAGUUAAUCCUUUUUUUUUUCUUCAACUGGAGCCAAUUUAAGCCUCCUAACAGGUUAAUCCAGCUAUUUUUUUGGGAAGCUUUUAUGAAACUUGUUUGAAACUUUAUCAGAAAGUUGCUGAGUCAGCUCAUUGAGUCAGUAGUUUCUGGUGUUUUGUGUGAUUAUUAUAUUCAGAGGUACUACUAUAAUGUUAUUUUGACUCUCUUCUGUGUAAAUAAAAGGACAAUAUAAAGUUUUUGCCAAACCUGGAAAUAAAUGCAGUAAAGAGAAGAAAAAAAAGAGAUCAUGGGCCACAAAGGGCUAAAUCAACACUAAUAGAUAAUAUUGAUUUAUAUUAUAUAUAUAAUAUAAUGCAAUCAGACCCUAAAUGCAAUGCAAAUCAUAGCAGAAAACAGUGACAUUUGCCACAAAACAUAAAACUAUAAGCUAUGGAUCAUUUGUCACAUAGAUUGCCUAAUUAUUUGGGCUGUGUGUGUUUCUGUUUGCAAAGCAUGAUGGGAAAGUUUUGGGGGCAAUAUCUGGAUUGUUCUAGGCAGGAUAAUGUCAGAUAGACCCUCCAGGCUUUUUGCAUAAACCCACACAGACACGAUUACACAGAGGACCAUCAUUCUCUCCCGAAAUCUGUUCUCCCCCACCCAUCCCCCAUUCUAUCCCCCUCUUUCUCUGUCAUUCCCUCCGGAUCACAGCCGACUUUACAGCGUCGUGUCUCGUUUAUGUUUGCUGACACAUCAGGAGCAGCAGCCGAAAGAUAAGUCUGUAUGUAAGAGAGGCAGGAAGAGAGUGGGAGAGGAUGAUCGGCAGUAGUAGAGAGUUUAAAGAGGUAGAAGUGAGAUGGCGUAAAAGAUGAAAAGAAACAAAAUAAAUACAGAAAGAGAAGAUUAUUGAGCCUCAGGUGAAGGCCAGAGACAUUAGAAGGACACAUGUGUCUGUUUGUGCCUCAGGGACUAAGGGACUAUGGGAGUUUAUUAUAUUAACCAACACGAUACCAGUCUGUGCCUUUCUGUUCUGCUCUGUUUUCUGCUCACAUCCAAACCUUUUCAUUUAUGAGCCUCUUCCGGAAAAAGGAUUCUAUGGUUUGACGUCAUGUACAAAAUUUAAUCCAACACACGCAGAAUUUGCAUUCACCCUACAGCACAUUUGAUGAUGAGCUUUCCUUAGAGUUUAUAUGAACUUAAAAUUGAUUAAAUCAUUCCUAUAUAACAGGACAUGAAAAGAUAUGUAUUUGCAGUAAACUCUGUACCAUGGCAAGACAACAGCCUGCAGGUUUUCAUACCAACUAAAGACACCAACUGAAUAAAGGCGAGGAAAAGACAAUAUCAGUGGAUUUUCACAGCAGGAAAAGCACAGUUGUUACUAAUACAAUUUUUUAUACUAUAUUGCAAUGUUUCAUCAUAAUUUAUCCUAUCAUUGCUCUUUUUACAUCUAUGGCCAUUGCGUAUUUAUAUAUAAAUAUAUAUAUAUAAACAUGCACAUUUAAAUAAAAACAAAAUAAAGUAAUAAACUACAAAAGAAAAGCACAAACGAUUCAAAACACAACCAACUCAAAUACUACAUCAAAUUUACAACAACAACCUAAUGUUACUGAUAACAUUAAUGGUGGCUCUGUUCUAUUCAAGUGUCCCAGUAGAUAAUGACAGUGUGACAGUGAGUCAGCAGGAACAAUACCAAGACCUUGAAACUGAAGCAACUAAAUGGAAUUCAGCUGUCAUUAAUUUAGAUUUUUCUGGAUGUUUUUUUGCUGUAAGUCCGGAUUUUGUGUAAUGUCAAGCUCACUAAUUGUAAUCUUUUUACACUAGUGAUUGUCAAAUGUGUGCAGAAGGCAGAAGGGAAGUGUUUAAUUUAUCUUCAAAUCCAUUAAAAUCCAUUUGUCUAGUGUAACUCACCUGUUUCUUAUACCUGCUUCAAUACAUGACAUAUGGACACAAGCACACACACUUUUCUUGGGGGGGUUAUACUAACCUUUCAAACCAAUGUGUCCCUCUUGCUUUUAAAACCCAUAAUUGACAGUUUGAUUAGGUCUUCUGCAGCCUAAGGCGGUGGCUUAAGGAAGGGACCUAAUGCAUUAAUGCCUUGUUUACGCUUCCACAAGUGCUUGCUUCUCCCUAAAUCUGCUUUGAGUCAAAUACCCAACAAGCCAGGUGAGAGGUAUAGUGUGUGGAAUAGUUUUUGUCAGGAAAUGACGGAAAAUUUUAUGAUAAUGAUACAUGCUCACCAAAGCAAAAGAAAAAAGACAGAGAUGGAGCGAGCAAUAAAGUUUAGUUAGUCUAAGCAGAUUGUCGUUGAAAAUGUCCAUGGUUGAAUUUGGAUCAAUUAGGGGCUGGCAGAUGUGCAGAAUCAUGGUUGACCCCAGGGCUUAAAGGAUACAAUCCAAUUUUCCUCAACAAAUGUAAUGCCAUUAGGCUGGAUAAAAACAGACAACUCACAAGGGAGGAGUCUCUUAAAAACCAGGAAGGGGGAUGAGACAGAGCAGUUGCACAGAGGAAGGAGACAAUACCCACAAGGGCUUGGAAACAGAGAAACCUAAAGACUGGAAAGUUAGCAAUAGUCUAAAGAAAGUCAAACUUUUUAGAAAAUGAGGGCCUGAGAGGAUAGAAAACACGGGGAAGAAAAGAAUAAACAACCUCACUUGACCACCGUGUGGGAGAUACUAAGUCUUCUGUGGCCAGAAAGAAGAGCCGAGUUGACAAGGCAAAAGAAAACCAGUGAGUUUUUGUUACAACAGCGCUGAAGAAUAAACUUUCCUCACAACUUUCUUGAUUGAACUCCAAAUCAACUCUGGCUGAAGAGACGGAAGAAGACUGAACGACAAAACAAAGGUGAAAAGAAAUCCAUCAGUAAGAACAAUCAUUAGGGGCUAUCAUGAGGUUCUUCAAUAAGAACCUUCGCCUUCAGGAUGUCACCAUCAUGUACUUCACUGCCCUGGCUGCUCUAAUGGUCAUCUUGGUGGCUUCGUAUCAGGCGCCCACCAGUGCUGUCGAGGUGUCCAUUCUUAAAUCAAACCCCUCCAGCCCCCUCCCACCUCUCCCCAUGCCCUUCCGUGUGCCCCUUGACCCACGCGGGGAGCUGCAGCUGGCCUGGAACAUCAGCUAUGCGGACCAGGAGAUUUACAUGGAGCUGAGGGUUGAGGAGCUCAAACAUGGCGUGGUCCUGGGGAUGUCUGACCGUGGGGAGCUGACCAAUGCUGAUCUGGUGGUGCUGUGGAACUCAGGAACUAAAAGCUACUUUGGGGAUGCGUGGAGUGACAGUGAGGGUCACGUUUCAUUGGACAGCCAACAAGACUAUGAGUUGAUAGAAGCCAAACAGAAACCUGAUGGAUUCUACCUGCUCUUCAAAAGACCAUUCAGUACCUGUGAUCCCAGAGACUACCUCAUUGAGGAGGGAACUGUGCACAUCAUCUAUGGAUUCUUGGAUCAACCACUUGCCUCGCUGGAGCAGCUAAACCUGUCUCGGAUCCACACAGGAGUGCAGAGAGUGCUGAUGCUGCGCCCCGACACACCCUCACCCACCCUGCCUCCAGAUGUGCAGAUGCUGGAUGUCGUGGCACCAAAUGUCAUCAUACCAAAUCAGGAGACCACCUACUGGUGCUUCAUACAAGAGCUGCCUGAAAACAUGCCCAAGAACCACAUUGUUAUGUAUGAGUCAGUGGUAACUCCAGGUAACGAGGCCAUUGUGCAUCACAUGGAAGUGUUUGAAUGUGCUCCGGAUAUCCGCGAUGUUCCAGAGUACAGCGGCUCCUGUGAUGACAAGAUGAAACCGGGCAAGCUCAACUUCUGCCGCCAUGUGCUCGCUGCAUGGGCAAUGGGUGCUGAGGCUUUUUACUAUCCUCCUGAUGCAGGGCUGUCUAUGGGCGGACCAGGUUCUUCAAGGUUCCUCCGUCUGGAGGUCCAUUACCAUAACCCUCUCCUUAUAUCUGGCCGCCGUGAUGCAUCAGGGAUACGGUUGCAUUACACCCCUAGUUUGAGGCAGUAUGAUGCAGGGAUCAUGGAGUUGGGCCUUGUUUAUACUCCUAUCAUGGCUAUCCCACCCAAACAACACACCUUCUACCUCAGUGGAUAUUGCACCUCCAAGUGUACCCAGACUGCUUUGCCUCCAGGUGGAAUCUAUAUAUUUGCUUCCCAGCUGCACACCCACCUGGCGGGUCGUGGGGUGAGGACAGUUUUGGUGAGGGGAGGCAAAGAGCUGGAGGUGGUACAGGAGGACCAGCACUUCAGUACACACUACCAGACAAUCCGUGUUCUGAGGAAAAUGGUGAAUGUUUUACCGGGCGAUGUCCUCAUAACAAAGUGCACUUAUAACACAGAAGAUAGGACCAAGCCUACCGUGGGAGGUUUUGGCAUCAUGGAGGAAAUGUGUGUUAAUUAUAUUCACUACUACCCUCGAACUAAGCUGGAGCUCUGCAAGACCCAUGUUGACCCAGGAUACCUCCAGAAAUUCUUUAACAUCAUUAACAGGUUCCAUGGAAAUGACCAGUGUGUGUGUGGUGAGGUUAGUGUGACGGAGCAGUAUUCUCAGCUACAGUGGGACGCAUUCACUGGAGAAGUGCUGGACUCCCUUUAUAAUACAGCCCCCAUGUCCAUGCACUGCAACCAGUCCACUGCAAGCCUCUUUCCUGGAGAGUGGGACAAACAACCUGUACCAGUGGUUACCUCCACCCUUGAAAAACCACGCUACCCCUGUGAGGGAGCUCUUCCAACCAGCCGACCCCUUACACCCACCGUCUGAGCACGCUUCAGCCCAGGAAGAGGACACCUAAGCUGGGGAAAGUUAAAGAGGCCCAUGUGACUUUACGUAAUUUGAGCUGUUUGGAGGAUAGAUGACGUCCUCAAAUGGGUUUUCUGACACCCGCUGUAAUUAUAUGCUUAUUUAAACAUCCACUGACUGAUAUUAUUAGUAUGCACACAUUAAUGAUAAUCCUAUUAAUAUGUCAUUUUGCAAAGCAUUGCACCAGGGCAUUAUUUCUGAUACUGGGAAGUAGGAUUGACAUUUAACAAACAACUGCGGCUAACAAAUUGGUGCUGGGGAGCAAAGUCUUGUGAAGCAAAGCUGUUGGCCAUUAACUUCUGCUACGUUACUUUAAUUAAUGGGAUUUUAUUACUCCUUCAUAUUUAUCCUGUUCCAUUUUAUUCCCCAUGAUGAUCAGAUAACAACUAACAAGCAUCAUUAAGACUUGAAGCAUUAUUUGGUAAAUAACUGCACUCUGUAAUUAAAAAUGUUCUAUAAUGAAUAACUUCAGUGGUAAUCACAAUAAAAAAUAAAAAAUUACAACGCAA